AUGGAAGCUCAAAAGAACCUUCCCUUUGCAUGGGACCCACAUCAGAAACAGGCCUUCAAAGAUUUAAAACGAGCUCUCAUGUCUGCACCUGCCCUGGGACUUCCGGAUUUAGCCAAAGAUUUUCAGUUGUUUGUUCAUGAAAGACAUCAUCUUGCACUAGGUGUGCUGGCCCAGAGAAUGGGAAGUUGGAAGAGACGAGUUGGAUACUUUUCCAAACAGUUGGAUACUAUGAGUAAAGGAUGGCCUGCUUGCCUUCAAGCAGUUGCUGCUACAGUAAUACUUAUUCAAGAGGCCUGGAAAUUGACUUUGGGAAGAACAAUAACAGUAUAUGUCCCACAUAUGGUGAUAACUGUUUUAGAACAAAAGGGGGGACAUUGGUUGUCCCUGAGCAGAAUUAUGAAGUACCAGGUGGUCCUGACGGAACAAGAUAAUGUAAUUUCAAAAACUAAGCUGGUAAACCCUGCAGUUUUUCUAAAUUCUACACAGGAAGAAGGGCAGCUGGAGCAUGACUGCCUGACUACUAUUGAACAUGUGUACUCCAGACAGGAGGACUUGAAGGACACAUCGUUGGAAGAUCCCGACUGGGAGUUAUACACAGAUGACAGCAGCUUUGUGGAACACGGGAGUUCAAUACUCUGGAUAUACGGUAACAACUGACAAUUCCAUCAUAGAGGCAAAUG